UCCAAAAACACAAGAAAUCGGUUAAAAAGGACCCGAGACCAGAAACACACCCGCCUCCUGUCUGCUGAUCUCGAGCCGGCGGAGCUCGGUCAAUGCUCCAAGCCCUUCUUUCGUUCAAUACACCUUCAACCUGUUCCCUCCGCUCUCUCUCUCUCUCUCUCUCUCUCUCCAUGUUCUUGUAGCAACCAACCAUACGAUAUACUUAUUGUCAAUUAAGUUGCGGAAUUAGGGUUUUCCAUUGCAAUGGUGGGAGUGAUGGCCCUGAGAUCGAGAGACAAUGUCACGAGUCUCGUAAACUUGGCCAAGUUCGCCACGGACAUACCUUCGAAGCUCGAACACCUGCGCCAGCUGAACGAGGACUUAUCUCGCAUCGACCCUGUUUUGCUCUCGGAGUUUCUCCCUCAACUCUUCGAGUUCUUGUGUGAACGCUUCAGUCCAGUUCGCAAGUUUGUCACAGAGAUAAUUGGUGAAAUUGGUUUGAAGCAUAUACGAUUCUUACCUGAAAUCGUUCCUGCUUUGUUAGCUGUUCUGAAUGAUGGCACACCAGCUGUCGCUAGACAAGCCAUCACUUGUGGAAUUGAUUUAUUUCGUUGUACACUUGGAAAAGUUGCAAUUCAGGGUUUAUUCUCUAGUGAGUUGGAAGACUCAAUUGAAUCAUCAUGGGCAUGGAUGCUAAAAUUCAAGGAAAAGAUAUACUCCAUAGCAUUUCAGCCGAGAAGUGACGGGAUAAGGUUACUUGCACUGAAGUUUGUUGAAGCAAUAAUUCUUCUCUAUACACCUGAUCCUAAUGGUACUUCGGAGCCACCUCAUCAAGCCUCUGAAGGGAAGUCAGUUGAGUUUAAUGUAUCUUGGCUCCGUGGAGGACACCCCCUGCUCAAUGUGGGGGAUUUAUCGACUGAGGCCAGUCAAAGUUUGGGUUUAUUGCUGGACCAGCUUAGGUCUGCUACAGUUAAAACUCUUAGUAACUCGACGAUCAUUGUGCUUAUCAAUAGUCUUUCAGCGAUUGCAAAUAAGAGGCCUGCAUUUUACGGACGCAUUCUACCCGUUUUGCUUGGAUUGGAUCCCUCAACGUCUGUUAUCAAAGGUGUGCGUGUUUCUGCUGCACAUCAUGCUUUGAAAAAUGCCUUCCUAUCCUGCCUGAAGUGUACUCAUCCGGGUGCUGUGCCGUGGCGGGAUCGGUUGGUUGGUGCCCUGAGAGAAAUGAAGGCUGGAGACUUGGCAGAAGAAGCCCUUCCGCAAGAGUGCAAGUUCAAUGGAAAUAUAGAGCGAAAAGAUGAUUUACCAAUUAUAGAGGAGGAGAAGCCCUUGAUUAAAGUGCAGGAUGCUGCACAUGGUAACGCCAGCAGGAAAAGACCUGGAGUACAGGAUAUUACUGAAUUGACUGAUGAGGAUGAUUCCGGAAAGCGAGUCAAACCAACACCAAAUGUUUCAGAAGGAUCAUUGAAAGAGUUGAACAGAGAUGCUACGUCGGCUCAGGAUGACAUUCCUUCAAUUGGAAAAACUACUUCCCAAGGUGAUGGAGGUGAUGGACCUGUGCAGCAACUUAUUGCUAUGUUUGGUGCCUUGGUUGCUCAGGGUGAAAAAGCUGUUAGUUAUUUAGAUGUCCUUAUUUCAAGUAUCUCCCCUGACUUGCUAGCUGAUGUAGUAAUAGCUAAUAUGAGGCACCUUCCCCAUAAUCGCCCUAUUGCUGAAGGGGAUGAAGAACUGCUGCUGAACUUGGCCUCUCAUGCAAAUAUUGUUGGUAAUGAUGCUCAGGCGAAGAAUUCAUCGUCAUUCUUGACCAAUAUUCUUUCACUUCCCAGAUUUUUUCCACAGAUGGCUUCAUUAUUAGACAGUCAAUGCUCGACAUCUGGUGAUGGUUUGAAACAAGAAGGCGAAGAGGAAUGCCAUGUAUCAAAUAUGACUGAUGGAAAUGAGCUGUGUGCUGGCAUGAAUCUUGAAACAGAAGAAGCUGUUGUGCCUACCGGUGAACCAGUUGCUUCUAGUGCCAUUCUACCACCUAAAAUGGAAAAGGAUUAUUCCGCCAUUCCGUCGGAGAUUCAUGAUAUGGGGAAUCUAGAGAGUGAGAUACCUGGAUUGGAUUCAGCUUCUCAUAGUGAUGGAUUGCCAGACAUGGUGGUUGCUACUUCAUUGGCAUCUACUGAUUUAGAAGAUGCAAGUCAAGAACAAGCUUCCAGUUUUGGUAGAAGGUCGCCACUGAAUCAACAUCCAUCUGUGUCAACUGAUAGGUCUGAGGAGCUGAGCCCAAAAGCAUCUGUCACAGAUACUAGCAGCAUGGUCUCCUCAACAGCGACUUCUAUUGGGUUGAAUAAUCAGAUUGUCCUCCCCAAGAUGUCAGCACCUGUAAUUGAUCUUGCUGAUGAACAGAAGGAUCACUUACAAAAAUUGGCUUUUGUGCGCAUCAUUGAGGCUUAUAAGCAAAUGGCACUUGCAGGAUGUUCUCAUGUUCGCUUCUCUUUGCUUGCUUCUUUAGGUGUUGAGUUUCCUUUAGAAUUAGAUGCAUGGAAACUACUGCAAAAGCAUAUACUGUCCGAUUAUAUAAAUCACGAGGGGCAUGAAUUGACCUUGCAAAUCCUCUACCGGUUGUUUGGGGAAGCAGAAGAAGAACGAGAUUUCUUUUCUUCUACAACUGCUACUUCUGUAUAUGAGAUGUUCCUGCUGGCUGUGGCAGAAACACUUAGAGAUUCUUUUCCAGCUUCUGACAAGUCUUUAAGUAGACUGCUCAGUGAAGUUCCUUAUCUGCCAAAAUCAGUUCUUCAAGUAUUGGAGUCCUUAUGUUCUCCUGGAAACACUGAGAAAGAUGAGAAGGGAUUGCAAUGCGGAGAUCGUGUUACACAAGGUCUUAGUGCUGUGUGGAGCCUGAUUUUGUUGAGGCCAUCUAUUCGAGACGUUUGCUUGAAAAUUGCUUUGCAGAGUGCAGUUCAUCAAUUAGAAGAAGUGCGUAUGAAGGCAAUACGACUGGUGGCAAAUAAGCUUUAUCCAAUAUCAUCCAUUGCUCAACAUAUAGAAGAUUAUGCAAAGAAAAUGUUGUUGUCUGUUGCGAACAGUGCUUCAGCUACUGGCAGAGUUGUGACUGAAAAAUUAAGUCCUGAAUCACAUAAGGAUUCUAAUCAGGAAAAGCCUUUGGAUGAACUUCCAUCUAUAAGUGCCAGCACCAAAGAUGUCUACUCUGAAACUCAAUCCCAAUCAUCCACAACUCAAAGCAUAUCUUCAUCUUCAAUCUCUGAGGCACAGCGGUGCAUGUCACUAUUUUUUGCAUUGUGUACAAAGAAACGCUCCCUUUUUCGUGAAAUAUUUGUUAUGUAUAAAAGCACAUCGAAGGCAGUAAAGCAGGCAGUUCAUCACCAGAUUCCUAAACUAGUUUGCACUAUAGGCUCAUCACCUGAACUUCUUGAAAUUAUCUCAGACCCACCAACUGGAAGUGAGAAUCUUUUAAUGCAGGUUUUGCAUACACUGACAGAUGGUACUAUUCCUUCUCCAGCACUAAUAUUUACCAUUAGGAAGUUGUAUGAUUCAAAAUUAAAGGAUGUAGAGAUUCUUAUACCUAUAUUGUCUUUUCUACCCAAAGAAGAGGUUUUACAAGUUUUCCCCCAUGUUGUUAAUCUCCCAUCAGAGAAGUUCCAAGCAGCACUUGCCCGUAUAGUGCAGGGUUCAUCUCAUUCUGCUCCAGUGCUUACUCCAGCUGAAGUUCUGAUUGCCAUCCAUGGGAUUGAUCCUGACAGAGAUGGAAUACCCUUGAAGAAGGUCACUGAUGCAUGCAAUGCUUGUUUUGAGCAGCGGCAAAUAUUCACACAGCAAGUCCUUGCGAAGGUCUUAAAUCAAUUGGUUGAGCAGAUUCCUCUUCCCUUACUAUUCAUGCGUACUGUAUUACAAGCUAUAGUUGCUUUUCCAGCUCUGGUGGACUUCAUAAUGGAAAUCCUUUCUCGUCUUGUGAGCAAGCAGAUAUGGAAGUACCCAAAGUUAUGGGUAGGAUUCUUGAAAUGUGCAGUCUUAACGAAGCCCCAGUCUUUCAGUGUGUUGCUUCAGGGUGGUUUUGCCUUUCAGCUACCUCCGACGCAGCUUGAAAAUGCAUUGAAUAGAAAUGCUGCAAUUAAGGCACCCUUGAUUGCUCAUGCAAAUCAACCUAAUAUCCGUUCGUCACUUCCAAGGUCCCUGUUGGUGGUUCUCGGAUUAGAUUCUCAAACUUCAAGUCAGACAGAAACAAUUCAAGCUCGAACAGGAGAUACAAGCAACCCAGAUAAGGAGGUGGUGGCAGAAAAGACUAUUCAAUCAUCAAGCGCUAGCUGAGCGGACAUUAGAGUAUCCUCUUGCUCGGUAAUUAUUAAUUUGUUUGUCCAAGAAGUUUGCAUAUCUCUGAUGGAGUGAAAAACUCUUUUUAUUCCUACUCUUUGAAAUUUGAGGAUGAUUUGUGUCAAAGAUGAGAUUGCGUAGCUGCCAAGGGGGUUCCUUUCUGAGCCAGCUGGAUCAGCUGCUUCAAGAUGCGAAGACCCUCCAGAAGUGUUCAAAUUAGAGGAUGGGAAAUGAAACAAUUGCAUUACUGGCUCUCCAGUUGCGGCAUCUGAAUCUCAGAAUGUACAGAGAAAUAGCUGCCCAUGCUCAUUAAGGACAUUUGUCCUUCAAGACGGUACAGGGAGUUCAUUUGGCAGCAUGAGAAUGUAUUAUGAAAAUAUAUAAUGUUACUUUGUAUGUGAUAGGGUUAAAUGUAGUUAAAAUGUCUGAUUGCAUUUUUUUUUUUGGGUCAAAUUUUCUUUCUUGGAAACUGCAGUUUUGGGGAUGAAUCAAGCAGUGUAAUACAAAGCCAGAAUUGGUCAAUAAAAUAAAUAUUUGUCAA